AUGUCUUGGUACCGUACAGAGUCACUUGAAAAGAGCAGAUGUAAAACAGUGUGGAUGGGUCCUAUUCCAAAAAACACAUCAAAAAGACAAAUAUUGGACUUUUUUAAGGAUUAUAAUCCUUUAGAAUGCAAAAUAAUUGAAAAAACAUCAACUAAUAGAUUUGCAUUCAUAUAUUUUCCUGAUGAAACAUCAAGGGAUAAUGCUAUUCAAGGUAAAAAGGGCUGUUUAUUCAGAGGAGAAAAUGUUGUAGUUAAUCGUUCAUUCAAUGCCUACACAGGUGAAAAACUUGGAGGAAGAAUGCGAAUUGAAGAUGAUUUCAUUGAUUGUUUAAAUGGUUACGAUGGUUCCGAUGGUUACUAUUAUUUUGGUGGUGGAAUUAAAUACUAUUAA